CCUUUUCCAGCCAGUAGCUCCUCGGUUGUAAAUGUAACCGCUACUUUGAAUGUGAAUUAACCUUCUGUGUCGCUUUUCCUUAACAGGAACCUAACGUUACAAUCUGUAACUAACGUUAUCAGGGAAUAUAACAUUAUUCAACGUUACUCCUCAUCCCUAACUUUAGUCCCCAAUCAACAUGAGUUGUCUUUGGCAAGAGUGUAUGGAUCACUGUGUGGAGGUCACCAAAAAGGCUGGGAGGAUGAUCCGCGAGGCGCUCCAGAAAGACAUCACCGUCAUGCACAAGAGCUCACCAGUUGACCUGGUGACUGAGACGGACCAGAAAGUGGAACAGCUCAUUAUAUCCUCCAUCAAGGAAAAGUACCCCACUCAUAGCUUCAUAGGUGAGGAGUCAGUAGCAGCAGGCGCUCCCAGUGUUCUAACUGACAAUCCCACGUGGAUCAUCGACCCUGUUGAUGGUACCACCAACUUUGUUCACAGGUUCCCAUUUGUGUCCGUAUCAAUUGGCUUCACUGUGAAGAAAGAGAUAGAGUUUGGGAUUGUCUACAGCUGCAUCGAGGACAAAAUGUACACAGCACGGAAAGGGAAAGGGGCAUUCUGCAACGGAGACCCGAUUAAAGUGUCAGGACAAGAAGAUAUAAGCCAAUCUCUGGUACUGACAGAAAUGGGCUUCAGGAAGAAUCCUGAGCAUUUCAAAACAAUGUUGGCCAACAUCAAGACCAUCCUCACCAUCCCUGUGCAUGGCAUCCGCUCCCCGGGAAGUGCAGCUGUCAACAUGUGUUUGGUAGCGUGCGGAUCGGCUGAUGCUUACUACCACAUGGGCAUCCACUGCUGGGACAUGGCUGGAGGGGCAGCGGUUGUUACUGAAGCUGGAGGAGUUAUCAUGGACAUUUCAGGUGGACCGUUUGAUCUGAUGUCCCGGAGGUUGAUCAUCGCCAGCAGCAGAGCAAUAGCAGAACGCAUCGCUAAGGAGAUAACAGAGUUUCACGUCGGGAGGGACGACACAGAUGGCGAGUAAAUUUCCAUCAUUUCCUCUACCAACUUUUCAGUUAUUAAAUCACCUGACUGACUGCAUUUACUGUAACAAGUCACGAUUCUAUCUUUGCCAUAAUAAUAAUAAUAAUAAUAAAAAUAAUAAUAUAAGAACCAAAACGAUAAACUUACCUCUGAAGAACUAUACUCUGAAGUUUGUUAGUCAGCCCUUAGACUUUCAGUCUUCUUUCUGCUUUCUUUACAAGUCAUUGUUGUGAUUCUGUACUUUUACAGAUUCAGACUAUUCUGCUGUAACUCAGUGAUAUUGUUUGUGAUGAGGGUAUUAUGCCAUGCGUGUUUGUCUUUACACCUGUUUUUAGCCAUUAUUUAUUCUUUAUAUUAGGACUGGGUGAUAUGUCCAAAAUCUUCAAUCCCGAUCAUUUGAUAUCUUGAUAACGAUAUCUAUCACAAGCAUGUUUUCUGGUAAUUCAAUAAAUAAAUAAAUAAAUAGUCUUUAUGAAA